UUCGGGUAGGUUCGCAGCUCGUGAAAGACAGUGCACUUUGAGAAAGCCCAUCGUAGGCUGUCUCGACGUGUAUGUUUUGAACGAUUCGCAACAUGUUAAUGAGUUUUUACCAGAUUUUAAUUAAAAAUUCAUGCAGCGUGUUCAGUAUACGAAAGAAAAUUAAUAGUGCAAGACAUUUACCCUCUUGAUUAAGUAUUUUCGUUAGUAUCAAUUGUGCAAUAAGGAAAGUGAAGAACGAUGCCAGGCAAAGGAGGCAGGAGACGAAAAUCCGGUCAUGGUGGAAAGAGAGCUGAGUUAACAUCUGAUGAAGAUUCUAUCAAUAACGAUGCAUGUAGCGUGUCCAGCAGUCAAUCUGACAAUCGCAGCAUGUUAGAUGAUGUGAACGACAACGAGGUUGAUGAAUUUACACAGCAAGAAGCAUUCGAAGAAAAACUGAAGGGAGCAAUCGAUGGUCUAACACAGAAGAGCGCAAAAGGCAGAACAAUCUGUUUCAAUGGAAUGGAGAAAAUAUUUGCUAUCAAGUAUAUUCCAGACUUUGUAGAAGAUAGGAAAAUGACCAUCACAGAUUCAAUAGAGCGAGGUUUGAAAAAGGGCCGUAGCGAAGAACAAUCUACAGCAGCCAGAUUAAGUACUUUGCUUUGUGUUCAACUGGGAGCUUUCGAAAGUGCAGAAGUAGUUUGUCGAGAUUUAAAGAGUACUUUGACUUUUAUUGCCAGUGACACCACAGCUUCUACACAAGCACGUUCAGAGUGUUGUUGGGCUCUGAGCAUGAAUCAAUUUUUAUCAGGCAAUGACGCGACCGCUACUAUUGAAAUCAUGCAAUUGCUAUCUAGUAUUUUUUCUGGUUCUUAUCUAAAAGGGAAUGGUGCUAUAGCAACUAUUUCUUCGGAGGUCGCAGCAUUACACGCUGCUGCUAUUUCAUCAUGGACGCUUCUUUUAACAAUAAUGGCACCAGCUGAUAUAUACAAUUUGCUUGCGAGUGAUAAAAUCAAUAGCUACAUGCCGUCCUUGAAUAAAUUGCGCGAGUUAUUGAAAUCACCACAUUUGGACAUAAGGUUGUCGGCUGGAGAGGCUCUAGCUAUAAUAUUCGAGCUUGGUCGUGAUUUUUCUGACGACUAUGAGCAAGAUUGGUCAUUGGAUUUAAUCGAGAUAUUAAAAGAUCUGGCUACGGAUUCGAAUAAGUACAGAGCAAAAAAAGAUCGUAAGCAACAGAGAGCUAAUUUCAGAGAUAUACUUCGCUACAUAGAGGAGGACAUUGUACCAGAAAUGCAUGUAAAAUUUGGCCAAGAAAUCCUAUAUUUGGAAGGAUGGUGUGCACGAACUCAGUACAACGCGUGUUGUAGAUUGCUUGGUCCGGGUAUAAAUAUUCAUCUUGCAGAAAAUCAUCUCCUGCGCGAAAUUUUUCAUCUUGGUAACAAAGUUUUACCAGUAUCACUGAAUCAGAAGACGACUAAAUUGGAAAGGACGAUUCCACGUUUCAAGAAUCUUCAGAGAAUAUGACGGACCUGGUAAAACAACUGUCGAUAUCAUUAAUGUUGAUAAAACUUCAGAAUUAAGUAAUACAAAACAAAGGACUAGAAUAAAAUCAUGUCUACCGAUAGGAUUUACUUUAAAUGAUGAAUCGUUAUUAUUGGGCCCCAUUGCAGUUUUAAAUGGAACAGUUUUCUCUUGGAAUGUUGGUUCUACAAAUGACAUAAAUGAAGAAACUUUAUCCUUGUUCACUGUUUUAUAUCCAGUUUUGGAUAUUCUGGUUUUAGGCCUUCAAACUAAGUGUGAAUAUAAUAGAAUUUGUGAAAUAAAAAAGAUAUUGCACAAGUACAAGAUCAAAUCUGAGAUAGCCGAAGUACAACAAGCUUGUGGAAUAUACAAUUUUCUAACAAAUGAUGGAAGAUACGUCGCGGCAGGUUUAAUUCCUCCAAUAUCUGAAGGAUUUAAUGUUGAUCGAAGAUUAUCCAUAAAAGAUCCUGAACUAUUUAACAAACAUGAAAAAAUUGGUAAAAAGAAACGUGAGGAACAAAGAGCAAAAGAGCAAGAUGAAAAGAAAACAAAUUUUAUACCGAAUACUGCAGAACGAUUAUCAUACACAACAAUAUCUGAGGGAUUAGUGGUAUUAGGAUGCAUUUUUGAAAUAACGGAGUACGAUUUGAUGAUAUCUUUACCAGGUGGUUUAAUAGGACGUGCACAAAUUACAGACAUUAGUGAAUGUUACACAAAUUUGUUGCAAAAUUUGAUCAAGUCAGAGGAUUCUAAAACAAGCGAAAUUAAAUCUCUUUUAGAGUUAUAUAGCUGUGGGGAUUAUGUUAUAUGUUACAUAAAAACUAUACAACCACAAGAGAAAUUUCAAAUUGGAAUAUCUCUUGAACCUAAAUUGAUAAAUCAAAAUUUAGAUAUUGUACAUUUAGAUAAUGGUUCAAAAAUAGUGUGCACCAUUAAUAGCAUAGAAGAUCAUGGUUAUAUAGUAGAUACUGGUUUAGCAAAUGUGAGAGCGUUUAUUCCUACUAAGGAAAGUAAACAACUUCUAUGUUAUGUUAAAAAUGUUGAAGCUAAUGAGAAUACGUCAACAAUUACAUUAACUCCAAAACAAAAGCUUCUUAACACUGUUCAUGAAAUCGAAAUUAGAUCAUUGGACAGCUUGAUACCAGGCACAAGAUAUAAUCUUUCCAUAAAGAAAGUUUUGUCUAAUGGUUUAUGUGUCUCGUUAGGUGAAAACAAUAUAGGAUUCAUAAAUCAACUAUAUUUAGAUAAACCUUUGUUCAAAUACUCAGACAGUUUGAAAAUUACUGGUAAAUUUAGGGACAAUACUAUUAAGCCUGGUGAUAUUAUAGAAGAAAGUACUGCUUUAUUUAGAGAAUUUGGUGGAAUAGUGUUACAAUUAACUAAAAGUGGAACACGAGGAUUUAUUUCCUUGAAGAGGACGAACAUCGAGUAUGAUAAAAUCAUUGAAAAAUUCGCACCUGGUACUAUACAUAAAUGCAGAGUAUUAUCAUACAGUUGGAUAGAUGGAAUUUAUAUUUGUACAAUGCAGCAUUCGCUGUUGGUGCAAAAGUAUUUUUCACUGUCUGAUUUCAAACCAGGUGACGUGGUGAACGUAAAAAUUACAAAUAUUGAUAAAGACACCGGUUUCGUCAAUGUACAAGUUGGUAAAUUUAAUGGACAAAUUACAUCAGAGCACAUAUCUGAUAAAGGUUUAAGCGCCUUGAAAAAACUGAAAAUCAAUAAAAAAGUAGAAGCAAGAGUCUUGUCUGUUCAUACUAGUUGGAAACGGGUAUAUUUCACUUUAAAGAGGUCUUUGAUAACGAGUAAUUUGCCCGUUUUGGCAAAUAUACAAGACGCGAAAGUUGGAUUGAAACACCACGGGACAAUCAUUCAAAUACAUAAACAUGGUAUACUGGUAAAAUUUUUUGGAGAUGUCAAAGGUUUGAUUCCACAUACUAAUCUCGAUACUGAAACAUCUGACGUGAAUUGGAACUAUUCAGUUGGACAAACCAUUUUGGUAAAAAUUGAAGUGGUAGACAAAAAUUCGAGAAAGAUAACUUUGAGUAUGGCUGAUAAAGAUGUAAAAAUUGAAAAAAUAUCAUUUGACAUUGGCGAAGAAGUAGAAGGAACUAUAAUAGAGUCAUCCUCUCACGGAGUAUAUUUAAGAAUCAGUAAAAAUAAUGAACAGACAGUUAGUACAGGAUUUUUACCAGCUGGUCAUAUGUCACCUUGUAUGGAAACUGCAACUCUUCUAGCAUCGAAAUGUAUUCCUGGCGAUACGCUUUCGGCUUUAGUAUUUACUACAAUGCCUGGUUUAAUUCUAACUAGGACAUUUCUACCACAAGAAAGAUAUAGGAAUUUUGAAAAACUAAAAGUAGGAGACUGUAUACCUUGUUCAAUUAAAGAUAUGGAAUCGGAUGGCAUGAGAGUCAUUUUACCAAUUGCAGGAUGUACAUCGUUUGGAUAUAUAUCUUAUAGUAACAUUAGUAAUUUUAAUCUACUGCACGUAAAUCAAAUUUUAUUUGCGAAGAUAGUUUCUAUUAAUAAGAAAGAGCAGCAAUUAAGAUUAACGUUGUCAUUGAAGAAAAUAUAUGAUAGUUUAUCUAGCCUUAAAAAUAGAAUGGUGACAUCAGUAGAUACACUAAUUUUAUAUUUUAAUAAAUUACUAGAACUUUCAAGAAAUCCAUACUACGAAAACAGACCAAUUACGUCUGUAAAAUUGGGACAGAGAGUUACAGGGAAGAUUGAAAAGGUCACUGCUGCUGGUUUGGUUGUACGAUUAAAGAAUAACUUACUGGGCAUAGUAUCUAAGGAUCAUUACUUUGAAAAUAAAAAAAUAGGAGACAAAAUUUCUGGAACGAUUAUAUGGAAAAAUUACUUGCACGAACUUGUUGAAUUGACUACAUUACCGUCAAUAAUGCACAAAAUAAGUGGAAAACAAAACAAGCAAAUACACUUUCCUGAUGGCAAAUCGUUACGCGGUAGAAUCUUGUUGGUGACAAAUUGGUUUGUUUUAAUAUUGUUACAUGGCGUUGGUAAAGGAACUUUGGCUGCAAUGCCUGCACGUCGUCAUAUAAAUGAUAUACAGCCAGACUUAACACCUUAUGUUGUUCAUUCUAAAAUCAAAUGUUACACCCUAUUAAAUUCCAACGAAUCUGAUAUUAUGCCUAUUUGUAUGGUAAAAUCUGCGUUCGAACAGAAAUACUGUGUACAAAAAAAAUCAGCUGAUAAUAACUUGAAACGAAAGAAAUACAUUGAAGAAAAUAUGAUACCCGCAAAAAAAAUAAAAACUUAG